CGCGGUCCCCGGCGCUCGCUGGAGGCGCCGCGAUGACCGCUCUGAGCCCGGUCGAGGCCGCCGAAGCGGGCAGCAACCAACAGAUGCGUGGAAAGACGGCCUCUCCGAAGAGCCCUGUGUCCUGCACAGAGAAACUAGACAGGGUUCAGGCACCCCUGGACUCCGGUCUGCACUGGCCCGAAGGCUUGAAGGGUGAAGAGAUAAAGAAGUUCAGCCGAGAUGCGACAUUACUGAGUAAAUACAACCAGCAAUACCACAAGCUGUUUAAGGACAUCCCCUUGGAGGAGGUGGUUCUCAAAGUGUGCUCCUGUGCCCUCCAGAGGGACCUCCUCCUCCAGGGCCGGCUCUACAUCUCCCCCAACUGGCUCUGCUUCCAUGCCAGCCUAUUUGGCAAGGAUAUCAAGGUGGUCAUUCCCGUGGUCUCUGUGCAAAUGAUCAAAAAACACAAGAUGGCGCGGCUCCUUCCCAAUGGCCUGGCCAUCACCACCAACACCAGCCAGAAGUAUGUCUUUGUGUCACUGCUCUCCCGGGACAGUGUAUAUGACAUGCUGAGGAGGGUGUGCACCCACCUACAGCCUUCCAGCAAGAAGAGUCUGAGUGUAAGAGAAUUUCCAGAGGAACCUAAGUGCCAGUCUCUGGAAGUCCUCAUCCCUGAGAUGAAGUGGAGAAAAGUGUGCCCUGCAUCUAGCUCCCUGUCCCUCCCAGACAAUAUCUCUUGUGUCCCUCGGGCAUCUGUGGACUCCACAGACGGCUUCUUUCCCUCCAGGAAGCCUCCAGAGUCUGAAAAUGCUGUCUGUGAGGAGGAGAAGCUGGAGAAGGAGCCCAGGAGCGAUGGGGAUCUGAGGCUCUGGGAUUAUCUGCUCCUCAAGGUCGUCUUCGUGCUGAUCUGCUUCUUGGUCAUGUCCUCAUCCUAUCUGGCAUUCCGUAUCUCCCAGCUGGAGCAGCAGUUAUGCUCACUGAAUUGGGAUGGCCCAACCCCUCGGCACAGGUAACAGCUACUUGGCCUUUGUCCCCACUCCUCCAAGAAGAAUGCUCUGGGUGCUGAGGUUCCAUCUACGAUCCCCUUGGUUUAUGCUGCUGCUGCUGUGCUGAGACUGAGUAUGAAGGAAAAUAUUCCAGAUCCCUCUUCCUCCCCACAACUCUUCUCCCUCCUUGAAUGAGUGAUCUGAAGUACUCGUUUACAAAGCUCCUGUAAUUUUGGGACUCAGACAAAAAGCCAGAUUUUUGGAAACAGCUGCGGAAUUCUGUAUACUAAGCUUCAGCAACCACUUAAAUGAAAAAAAAAAAUUGUUCCUCGGAAAUAGUUCUGGCACACAGGCAGAGCAAUAGGGGCCACCCCAAGGGACAAAGGCCAUGAUUGGAUACCUGGAAUGUGGCUCUCUGUGACAUGGCUCACUCCAGUGGUGGGACAGGGGCCAGAACCCAAACCACCAGUGUGGGCUCUGCUCUCUCCCAACAUACUCUCUCCCACUACUCUGCCAGCUCUCAUUGGAGCCUCUGAGAGUCCUUGUUCUGGGGCCCAAAGGCUUCUCUGCAGGGAGCCAGGCCCCUAUCAGGCCUAGGGCAGACUGGAGGGAGGUUGGGGCAGGCUAUGUACGAGGAGAGGAGGGCUUGUGGCCAGGAUUCCAGCAAGAGAGGAAUGUUCAUGCUCUGUGCUGAGGCUUUGUUCUGGCCCCUCACGAGGAGGCUGGCUGAAUCUGGGAGGACACUACCCACAGCAGGGGACAGUGGCAGGGGCUAUGAAGGAGAACAGAGGUCCAGCAUUCUGUGUCCUCAGCUGUCCCUGGUGAGAUAGGUAGAGGAGGGCCUUUGAUCACUAUGGUCACAGACCUGGUAGUAGAUCGUCUCCUGGUGUGCUCAAACAUUUCCAAGGUGCCCCAGGUGGGAAGUAGGGGAUGGGAAGGGUGGUGGCUUUAAUUUGAGAUCUUGCUCUGUACUCCCUGCCUGACUGCCUGGAUCUCAGGCAGGGCCAACAGCAGCCUGCUGGAGAGGCUUGGUGAGGCAGCUGGGUAUGACUGUGUUGGACCACCACAGGGCAGAGCUUACUCAUGUCACCUGCAGUUAGUGUGUUGCAGGCUGUGGAGGAGGGUCUUCCACUCUAUGGGCUCUGUUCUCCAUGAGUAAGGUAGAGGUGUCCAAGGUGGGCCUGGUAUAGUGCAGGGACCAGGCCAAGGAGGUCUGUCUGAUACCUUUGGGGACAAGAGAGGGAUGAGAAGAGUGGACAUAGCUUUGACUUACAGAUUCCUCCUUCUCUGUCAAGGCCUUCUCUAUUCUAAAAAGCUUCUCUGUGCCUCAGAACUCUGGCUUGCUCUCUCUGGGACUCCUAUCUGCUAAGAUAGUGCCUUUGGAAGUUCUGGAAGGGCCUUAGUGAGGAGGCCAGAUAUCAGGGAAAGUCACUGGUGAUGGGGUGGGUGGUGUCAGAAAUAGCUGCUGUUUUUCCCUCUUCAGACACCUGAGAGGUUAAUUGGGGAGAAAUCCAGGUGGAAAUUGAUUUUAGAGUUGCGAUUGUCUGUCCUGUUUAUGACAAAGCCAAAUGACGAUUGGAGGGACUGACAGUAGGUGAUAACUCCCUAUGCUCAGACUGGAGGUCUCUUCAUCCUCUCCUCAUCCCAGGUUCUAGGAUUAAGCUUGGGCCUGGCCUUGUGGGUUGCUUGCACCAAAUCUGUAUGUCUCAGGUGAAAUUCAUUGUUCCAUUCUCCUCACAGUGCCACACUGGAUGAAUGCCCAUGCUGUUUUUGGAACAAGCCCCCUUCAUCACUCCUUUCCAUGAUAUUUUCAGGGAAAUAAUCCUGCUUGCCCCAGUGGCUCCUCUCCCUGGUCCUUGCUGAAGGGCAAGGAGAACAGGUCCAUUUUCUGAGUCUUGCUAGGUUGAGCCAGAGGCCGUGAGAGGUGCCAAGUCAUGGGUGGCUGUGCCAAGAUGCUGGUGAACCUAGUCUCCAGCCAUGCCCCAGGCUCAGAAAGGGCAAGAGGCAUGCUAUAGGGCCUGUAUGGAGGCCCUCUUGGGGGCCAGGCUUUGAGCAGGAUGACUGUGCCUGUCCCUCUGGAGGGCCCUCUCUCUCUUUCUCUCUUUUGUCCCCCAGCCUGGUCCUCUGGGGCCAGUGUACCCUCUAUUGUGCUCAUUUAUAAACUGUGUGUAUUUAUACAGACCUGCUUGCAUUGGCUGAUGCUCCUCUAAUUCCCUGAGAGUCUGGUUCAACUAUCCUUGGGUUGUUCCACUAUGGCAUUAGCCUUUGAAAAUAUUUUUAAAUAAAAAAUUUGAUUUUUCUAG